UUUGCUCAUCGCGGGGCCAUGCUGACCCACUCCUGCUCUCUUGGCUAUAACGGGGCGGUGCUGCAGGCGUUGGCCGUGCACCUCUCCCUGCAGGGGGCGCUGGACCUGCCCCUCAAGUUCAUCAGCACGCUGAUCACACAGAUGGAGGACGUGGAGAGCGACGAGGCCACGCUCAAUGACGCCAGAAUCCUAAAGGAAGCAGAGAAGCCGUUCUGCGAGCGCCUCCACAGAGUGAGCGACCUGAUGCACCGCAGCAAGGUCAGCAUCGAGGAGGUCAUCUCUGAACUGGGUAACGGCAUCGCGGCGCUCCACUCAGUCCCCACUGCCAUCUUCUGCGUCCUGCACUGCCUGCAGCCCAGAGAAUGCCUCCCAGAGAACUACGGCGGCCUGGAGAGGACAAUAGCGUACAGCCUGGCCCUGGGAGGGGACACAGACACCAUAGCCUGCAUGGCAGGGGCCAUCGCCGGGGCCCACUACGGCAUCGAAGCUAUCCCUCAGUCGUGGAUAAAGUGCUGCGAGGGGGCGGAGGAUGCAGACAUGAACGCAGAGCGGCUCCACAUGCUGUACCAGCAAACAUCACAGGGGGGCGGGACAGGGGAGCCGAGCUGUGGAGCUGAAAGCCAAUCAAAAGCUUCUAACGGCACAGUGAAGAAAGCCAGAGCGGAGUGAUUCUUACUGAGUGACACACACCCACACACGUGAUGAUUUCAAAACUAUGACAAAAUGUUUGUUUUUUUUCAUGACUGAAGGGAGACAAUGAUGAGACGCCAUUGAAGACCAACUGUGACAAUAUCAACAUGCAAUAUUCAUGAAAACAAAAAUGUAGUUAAAAAAUAUAAACUUCACUAAAAUCAUUUUAUUAUAAAUUCUACUUCUGUUCCCAUCUCUGUCUCUCUGAAAAACACACAUACCACAUGCCCUACUGCUCAAUUAUUCUCCAUCAGACAGUUGUCAGUGCUACUAUAAGGCAUAAAGUCAAUGUACACGUUGAAUUGGGUUUGGGUUAUUAUUUUAUAUUAUGAUUUUUUUUUCUCCAUGUCAGGCGUAGCAGAUUGGCUCUCAUUACGGGCGCAUCACCAAUAAACACAGUCAGUAUGAAUGGGGGCCGAGCUGCGUUUUUAUUAUCAAAAAAUUAUAAGAUGCUAUCUUCUGGUUUCGGCUGGACUAGAUUUGAUGGAAAUAGAAUAAAAGUUGACUAAAUGUUAAGACUUCACAUCGACUAAAACUAUGAAGGCUAACUACGAUGACUUAAAAUCUAAACUAAAAAACGCUUUUAUAAUUCAUGAGCUCAACUAUUCCUUCAAUUUUAAACUCAAUCUCAAACAGCUGCCAAGGUUAAUACAACACAUAAAGAAACAUCUUGACUCGUAGGCUUCAGUAGUGGGGGAUCGACCCCCCUACACCAUGAGCCACAGCCACUACAGAAUGUUAAAGUAAAACAAACAAGAUACGUAACCAGACAGACUAGAUUCACUUUAUAUAUGUGUUGUCAUAGAUACAUUUGGUGUGUAUGCAUGCCCGUAUACACACACACACACACACACACACACACACUGCUCUUUCCUGUUUGUGUUAAACAAUCUUCUGUCUUGUGAAAGUUGCACUAUUGAUUGGCCAUGUCUUGUUUUUAUCCGUUUGAUGGAUAACAAUUAUUUAAUAAACAUUUUUUUUGUAAAUUCAAA